ACCACAGCAGCCUGGCCCAUCACUUCUGCGAUAUGGAUCUCCAGAGGGUGCUGUCCCAGAUGGUUCUGUUCCUGCUUUUUCUUUAUCUGUCUCCACUGGGAAGUCAUGCCCACCCUCUGGGAAGUCCCAGCCAGUCCCCGGAACAAUUCAAGAUGCAGACGCUGCUGAAUCUGCUGAGGGAAAAGGCAGAGGAGGCGUCUCAGGGGAAGCUCCUGAAGGACCAAGGCGUCACAAAAGCACCUUCCAAAAGCACCCUUGGGUCCCAAGACAGCACCUUCCAGGUCCUGCAGAAACUUCGGAACUCCAAGAAGAUGCCUAAUUCAAGCUGCUUUGGGCAGAGGAUAGACCGGAUCGGCUCAGUCAGUCGUCUGGGCUGCAACGGUGAGCUCCUACCUUGCUACUUCCCUGCAAGUUGCGUCCUCACCCCCAUCCCCACACAUGCCACCCGUUAG